AUGCAGGACCUGUUCUCGGUCCCGUCCUGCUUCUCGUCCGGCGAGAAGCAGCACCUCCCGGACGCCACCGCGUCGUCGGCCACCAGGUCGGGCCAGAGCGCCGUCACGCUGGUGUACCGCGCGGAGAUCGCCGGGCAGAGCCGCCUGGUCACCGUCACGUGGUGCAGGAACCUGCUCACCCACGGCAUGCAGGUCUCCAUCGAAGGCUCCGCGGGCGGCGGCAAGGACAAGACCGGCGUCGGCGGCGGUGGCAGGGACCACAGCAACGGGCAGGGCGGCGGCGGUGGCGACGGCAAGAGCUGCAGCGCGUGCAAGGUGGAGAUGCAGCCGUGGCACUUCUGGCGCAAGUACGGUGCCAAGCAGUUCCAGGUGGACGGUAGGGCGGUGGACGUGGUGUGGGACCUCCGCACCGCGCGGUUCUCCGACGAGCCCGAGCCGGCGUCGGACUACUACGUGGCCGUGGUCUCCGACGAGGAGGUGGUGCUCCUCCUCGGCAACCAGAAGAAGGAGGCGUUCCGGCGGACGGGGUCCCGGCCGUCGCUGUCGCUCCAGGACGCCGCGCAGCUGGUGUGCAAGAAGGAGCACGUCUUCAGCAAGAAGCGCUUCCUCACCAGGGCCAGGUUCCACGAAAGGGGCAAGCUGCACGACAUCAGCAUCGAGUGCAGCAGCGGCAACCUCGCCGCCGGCAUGGACGUCGACAUGGCCAUCAAGAUCGACGGAUGCGUCACCGUACUCGUCAAGCACCUGCAGUGGAAGUUCAGGGGCAACGAUUGCAUCUCCAUCAACAAGAUUAAGGUGCAGGUCUACUGGGACGCACACGACUGGCUCUUCGGCACCGGCUUGAGGCAGGCGCUAUUCAUCUUCAAGCCCGAGGCGCCGCCGUUGUUGCCGGCUUCGCACUUCGACGCCGAUGAGUUCUCCGAUUUCUGCCUCUUCCUCUACGCGUGGAAGGUUGAAUGAGCCUGCCUAGCUAGCUUAUUAGAGAUCCCACAUUCUCUUGUUACUACUACCGCUACUACAUUACACUAUUUUUUACAGUGGACAUGUUCACCAUGCUAUGAACCAAUAGUUCAUACCAUGUAAUGUAUUGGAAAGAUGUGAUGAGUGUAUGGGGAGAGUGAUUGAUUGAGGACAUUUUCUGUUUCA